AUGAACCUGCGUGAUUACCUCUCCAACUCGGUUGUAGUCAACAAAAACAUAAUGGAUUCUGAUCGAGCAAAUUCAACUGAAAUCAAAGUUCUUGGAAUUCACUGGAACGCCAUCGAAGACACUAUCACCUUGCAGUGUUCCAAAAAGCAAGUCAACAAGAUCUCUAAGCGCACAGUUCUUAGCCAGAUCAACGGAUAUUGUUACGAUCCGCUUGGUUUACUGUCACCAUUGAUGAUACCAGCCAAGAUAUUCCUUCAAGGUCUUCAUAAGCAAAAAUAUGCUUGCCGAGGAGAGGUUGCUGAGAAGGAACGGAACGACAAAGCACACACUGUCGACAUUUGUGGACAGCUCCAAGCGAGCAUACGCUUACUGCAUCUAAGUGAUCUUGGAAAGGCAUCGAGGAGACGAAACUCCUCACUGCGUAAUCAAAAAGCGCGCUGA